AUGGCGGUGGACGUCAGGCGGUUGGAGGGCCUGAGCCUUCACCAGCUCAACGAGCUCCUGGAAGACGAGGAGCAGCUCCAGAACAUGGCCCUGGAGAUGGAGGAGGCCCAAAAUGUUCAGCUUGGCAAAGAUAUGACUCUCGCCAGUAACCACAGCCUAGCAGAAGGAAAUCUCUUAUACCAGCCAAAAUUAGAUGCCCUGAAAGCCACAUUGACCCAAAAGUAUCAAGAGCUACAGGUUCUCUUCGAAGCGUAUCAGAUAAAGAAAACCAGGCUAGACAGACAAUCCAAUAACGCUUCGCUGGAGACCCUCCUCGCACUUCUCCAGACCGAGGGAGCCAAAAUUGAAGAAGACACUGAGAACAUGGCCGAGAAGUUUCUGGAUGGCGAAGUUCCUCUGGACAGCUUCAUCGACGAAUAUCAGAGCCAAAGGAAAUUGGCUCACCUCCGGCGGGUCAAAAUAGAGAAACUCCAAGAGGUGGUACUGAAAGGACCCCGGCGGCCCCCGGUCCCCCCUCCCCCCAUGCUCCAGACUUCAGAGGCCAACACGCCUCCUUCGGUUAUGCCUCGUCGUAACCCUCCCCCUCCCCCUCCGGCAUCCGUGGUCCCGGCAGGACGUUUCCCGACCCCAUUUUUGGCAGCCAUAGGCCAUAGUCCGUAUCCAUAUCCUCCACUUCCCCCAAGAACGGGGGCUCCACUGCCGCCGGGCCAAGGGCCGUCGCCGGGUUACCCGAAUCCCUUCCUGCCGUUGUACCCGUCCACGCCGCCUCAGAGGCCCCCGCCUCGCCUCCCUCACAACCCCGGUUUUAUCAUGGAAUGAAAACGCCAUCGAGUCGUGACUCUCGUACACUGGUGCUGACCUUUACGAUCCUUAAAAGCUGGAAACCCAACCGAAGUCGUGGGAAAUCAACAGGGCUCCGCGCACAAAGGAAACCGUCAGGGGAUCCUGCAGAUACCACCGGUUUUUGGUCGUUUCUUUUUUAUUUAAAGAGAAUCGGCGUCUUCGCCGAGGCCUUCCUCGAAAGGCCUCAACCCAGGGUAGAAUUGGCGAAAUGCUUCCAUUGCAGACUUGCCUUGUUCUUCCAAGGAGAAUCCAGCCAUUGUGGCGUGAAGGCCACUUCCCAGGAGAUCUGAAGUUCUUU